UGCUAGUAGUUUAAUAUCAUUCCAUAUCGUAAUCGUGACGCACUAUUAUCAUCAACGUCAUCAUAUUCAAGGGGCAACCAAGAACUCUUCUACUUCAGCUCAACGAUGAUGCUUCGAGUUACACUAUUGACUUCAGUGGCGGGGUAAUUCAUUGGCAGUCCUGAAUUAACACUGGUGCUGUUGGAAUACUAUAAAGUGCCCAAGCCAUGUUUCGCUCACCGAUUGUUAGUUCAACUCUGAAUUUAUUCACAUUUGUCAAUAGAAAUCACCCACUCCGACAACGAGUCAGGAAGCUACACAUAUCACCAGCAUUUAUCCAUAUCCCACGACAAAAACUCAAGAAUAAUAUCUUGAACCAGGCAACUACUUGCAAGAUGGCAACGUUCUCGAACGCAGACACGGGCGACAAGGCGGCGGAUCCGUACUACGCCAAAAACAUUGAUACAAAAUCAAACUUGAAGGAAAAGGUUGAGGCUCUAGCGAAGUUCGUAUCGUCGUGCAAGUUUGGCAUGAUGACGACUCGAGAUGCAACACAAGGCAAGCUAGUCUCGCGCUGUAUGGCCGUCGCAGGCAAGGAGGGAGGCGACAUCGACCUCACGUUCACGACAAACACAGAGUCGCACAAGACCGACGAGCUAAAAACAGACAAGCAUACCAACAUCUCCUUCUACGACAAUUCAGGCCAGUGGGCCUCUAUCGCCGGCGAGGUAUCGAUACUGACGGACCGCGAGGCCGUCAAGAAGUACUACAGCCCCAGCCUCAAGGCGUGGCUUGGCGACCUAGGCGACGGUAUUCACGACGGCUCGGCAUCGGACCCGCGAAUAGGGAUUCUCAAGGUGAAAACCAACUCGGUCACGUACGCCUUGACGGACGGGACAAUGGUGGGUAGGCUGGCGGAGAUUGCCAAGGGCACGAUUACGGGCGAGCCCGCCGGGGUUAGUAAGCUGAGGGAGAUUAGCGAGGAGGAGGUGCGGGAGUGGAGGGCUACAGCCUCGCGUUAGGUUACGCGGCGGUUCGGGAUGGCAACACCUGCUAUGUACCUACCUAGUAUACAUGGUUAAGAUCACGUCGGCUGUUGCUGUAACUGAACCGCGUUAAUGGAGCCUUACCAUUAAUUUAUAUGCCGUAAUGUGGGUGACUUUUGUGUUGGUGUGUCUGAUUACUUAUGUAAAUAGCCGCGAGAUAUUCCCUCAGCUACAUAUCUAACCUAGGUCAAUAUAAACGCGGCAGUAUGGGAACAGAACAAAACUUGGAAACAUCCAUGGAUAGUGGUUUUAAUAUCGGCGCGCUUGUUAGGUGAUUCUUAAUGGAGUAAAAUGUGCCCUACAUUAUCGGCGGUCAGAAAUUUAAUUUGGGAUUUGGAAGAAUUAAGUCAGCCAUUGCUAGUGGAUAGCCAGCGACCACUCAGCGGCUAUUGAUUGACGAUUUAGGCCUUGCC